AUGGCUCCAACCAAGGUCUUUUCCCUGGAGGGAAAGGGCUUGAAGCUCGACACCGCCGCGGACCUCGAGCCUCAUAUUGCUGAGCUUCGAGCGAUGGACGAUGUGGAGGAGGUCAGACUACUGGGAAACACGUUGGGCAUAGGAGCAUGCAAGCUCCUUGGUGAGGUCCUUGCUACAAAGAAAUCACUCCAGGUUGCCAAUCUCGCCGACAUUUUCACAGGUCGACUUCUCAACGAAAUCCCCGAAGCUCUAUCUUCCCUGCUCACAUCUAUCCUGAACCUACCAAACCUACGAACUAUUAAUCUUAACGAUAACGCCUUUGGCUUGAACACCCAAGCUCCUCUCGUCGCCUUUCUGGCUGCACAUGUACCUCUUCAGCACCUCUACCUGAACAACAACGGCCUUGGUCCCCAUGCUGGCAUCCUCAUUGCCGACUCGCUCUCAGAGCUUCAUUCGAAGAAGGAGGCUGCGCGCAAUGAGGGCAAGGAUGUCCCAUACCUCGAGACCGUCAUCUGCGGUCGCAAUCGUCUCGAGAACGGCAGCAUGACUGCCUGGGCAAAAACGUUCAGCCUACACAACAAGGUCAAGGAGGUCAAGAUGGUUCAGAACGGUAUCCGUCAGGAGGGCAUCUCACAUCUCUUGAGCGAGGGUCUCAGCCAUGCUUCCGAGCUCAAGGUUCUGGAUCUUCAAGACAACACCUUCACCCUCCUCGGCGCUCGGGCUUUGGCAAAGGUAGCACCAAGCUGGUCUCAGCUUAAGGAGUUGGGCAUCGGCGACUCGCUUUUGAGCGCAAAGGGUGGAGUACUGUUGGGAGAGGCUCUGUCCAAGGGCCAAAAUAAGAGCCUGGAGAUUCUUCGUCUGCAAUACAACGACAUCACCUCAAAGGGUGUGGAGGCACUCGCCAAGGCGGCAAAGGAGGCACUACCUGCUCUCAAGAAGAUUGAGCUCAACGGCAACAAGUUCACAGAGGAGGAUGAGGGUAUAAUUCUGCUACAAGAGCUCUUAGAGGAACGUAAAGAGAAGUUCGGCGGCGAUGUUGUCCUUGAAGAUGAGUGGGGUCUGGACAGCCUUAGCGAUCUCGAGGAGGAGGACUCUGAUGAGGAGGAAGAGGAAGACGAGGAUGAGGAUCAGGACGUCGAACCAGAAGAGCGUGCUGAGAAGCUUGUAAAGGAGGCCGAGGAGGCACAGGAGGAGCCGGUCAUCCAGGAAAAGGACCAGGCCGUGGAUGACUUGGCCAAGAAGCUCGAGAAGACCGGGAUCUAA